AUGUCGAAUAUCCUGCCAGGCUCAGUCUCUUCUUUUCCCUCUGCUACGCCUGCGGAAUUGCCAUUACAACCGCAUGCUAACGAUACUGCUCGAUAUCUCUCUCAAGGGAUCGGCUCUGAUAAUGCGACGCCGGCCCCUGAGACGGCUGCCCCUGCGGUUGCGUCGACAUCCACACCGGACCAGGAGCUCAUUACAGUAGAUGGAGACGUGGAUCAGAACGACUGCCGGGCAUCGCGCGCUGCUCGUUCGAGGGUCGAGGCGGAUAUGGAUGAGGUUGUUUCCAGGGUGAAAAAACGUGCCUCGAUCAAUGCCCGGACGACGGAGGACGCGACGCUAAUGCUGCAGACGGCCGCCCGCGUUGCGGAACGUCUGGCUGCAGACCACGAUUCGGUGCUAUAUCCUGACGUGGAUGCGCCCUUCGCCGAUGCGGCGGAUGUCGUGAAGCGCUUGCUCCCGUACCACGUUUUUCAACAUCCCCAGGAAGACUUGGCUGGUCUCACGUCUCAGCGCGUCUUUCCCUCGCGCAAGGGGAAACGGAAGGCCACGGAGGAGGAUCUAUUGCGUGAAGACAUUGCUGGUGCGCCCACUUUUCCUCCAUCGUCUACGUAUGAGCGUUUACACUCGAUAAUUUCCAAUAUUAUAGAGACAAAGUUUGCGCUGGACUGUUGGCGACGGCGCAGGGCGCUCGAAGAACGCUUCAGGCGCGCCCGGACACAAUCGGGCAAGCGACCGUCCCCUGAUGAUCAAGCAUACAUUUUGGCGCAGGCCGUGUUGGAUGGCGAACGCACCGAGACGGCGAAUGCAACCACCGAGCUUCGUGCGGCACGUGCGGAGUUGGAUAAGCUGGAGCGCGAAAAGCGAGCGGCGGCGCAAGCAGCUAAUCCGCGACCAGCCUCCUAUUAUCGGACAGCAAACACGACCCCUGCAACGUACGCGACGCAGUAUCGAGGAUAUUCAUACCCAUAUGCGCAGGCAUACGGAGCGUCACACUACACCUUUAGUCCAGCAUUUCAAGCCGCGCCAACGACAUAUCCGGGCGUCCCGGCGAACCCAUAUGCUGGCGCGGCUUACGCACCUGCGGCGCAGACGGCGACGUCAUCGUAUUCUGUUGCUGACACUCGCGCGACAACUACGACAUCCGUCGCCGCGUCUACGCCGCCAGCGACUCGACCGGGGGCGGGAUCUGUAACAUCCGCUAUCCCGGUGCAGUUGCCCUUGACAUCCCUGGAAGCCCUGAAAUCCAUAAACUUGGAACCUGUGCCUGUGCAGUCGUUGCCGCCCCCUGGGCAGCCACAGCCGGCAGCGGUGCUCCGGUCACAGAACGGGACGAUGAUGUAUCUGGAAAUCAACGUCGGAUCUCUUCAGCCAUCGCAGAUGAGUGGGCUGGCGGUGAUUUUGAACGCGCUGACGUCAAGAGGGGCAAAGGGGAAUGCGGCCGGCGCCACUGGAGCGAGGAGUGGGACGCCUUCGGCAGCAGAGGUGUCGAAUUCAUCGCAGUCGCAGAGCGCACAGUGA